GAAAGUGAAGAAAUCAUCAACUACUUUCCAACUGAAAACCACCUUCCCAUUUCCGUUUCUGCCCUCCAUACCCAUUCAAUUCCGCCACCACGUAAAAUCUCUCUCUCACACACACCCACCCCAGUUAGAUAUUGAAAAUGUCGAGUUUGGAGGAGCCAAUUGGUUGGUUGGACAACUUACCCAGCCUUAGCAAUAUUGAUCAUACUUCCAGAAGGUUUUCCUCUAAACGUUGUAGCACUAGUGGAGACGACAAUAAUAUUAUUAAUAAUAAUGGAUUGGGAUUUUGCUGGAUUGAAGGAAUUACCCGAGGAUCCUCCAAUAGCUAUAAGGAAGAUUAUAGUAAAGAAAACCGGCGAGAAACUUUCAUUUGGAGAAACCAUAAAAGAGAGAUCAUACACAAUGAUAAUCGGUGUCAAGUAGCAAACGUUAGGAACACGUUGUAUAGCAAUGAUACGGGCCCAAAGGACAUAACUCAUACGAUUUUUAGAGGUAUGCCAAGUUAUGUGAAGAUAGUGGAAGUUGGUCCGAGGGACGGGUUACAAAAUGAGAAGAAUACCGUACCUACCUCUGUUAAGAUAGAAUUGAUUCAUAGGCUUGUUUCUUGUGGAUUAUCUGUUGUUGAGGCCACAAGUUUUGUUUCUCCUAAAUGGGUACCUCAGCUGGCUGAUGCUAAGGAUGUUAUGAAAGCGGUUAAAGACUUGGAAGGUGCAAUAUUACCAGUGUUGACACCGAAUUUGAAGGGUUUUGAAGCUGCAUAUGCUGCUGGAGCAAAGGAAAUAGCCGUUUUUGCUUCAGCUUCCGAGUCUUUCUCAAAGGCAAACAUUAACUGUACUGUUGAAGAAAGUCUUGUUCGUUACCGUGAUGUUGUUAAUGCUGCAACAAAGCUCUCUAUUCCUGUUCGUGGGUAUGUAUCAUGUGUGAUUGGUUGUCCAGUUGAAGGGGCAAUUAAUCCAUUGAAAGUUGCAUAUGUUGCGAAACAACUUCACGAAAUGGGUUGCAGGGAAAUCUCACUUGGUGAUACAAUAGGGAUUGGUACACCAGGGACUGUAAUUCCUAUGCUUCAAGCAGUCAUGGAAGUUGUGCCUGUUGAAAAGCUUGCGGUUCACUUUCACGAUACUUAUGGCCAAUCUCUUCCAAACAUUUUAGUAUCCCUCCAAAUGGGAAUAAGCAUUGUGGAUUCUUCUGUAGCGGGACUAGGAGGGUGUCCAUAUGCUAAGGGAGCUUCUGGCAAUGUCGCCACUGAAGAUGUAGUGUACAUGCUUAACGGGCUUGGUAUCAAAACAAAUGUUGAUAUGACAAAGCUCUUGCAAACGGGUGAGUUCAUUUGUAAAUAUUUGGGCCGCACAUCUGGCUCAAAGGUUGCUGUUGCCUCCAAAACAUAAGACUGUUGUGCCGUUUUCUCUCAUACGUAUAGUACUUUUUACUAAUAUAUUGGAACAUUUACAGAGAAAUCAUUAAUUUGGUUACUAAAAUUAUAGGGAAUUCGUAUAUAGGACAUAGUCAAGGGCAAGAUGUUUGUUGCACAGGCCAUUUGGCAUACUGGAUCGAUAUAUUUGUUUGUACUAUAAACCUUAUACAAUUAUAUAUUGUACUGUUAUUUUUCUUUGUUA